AUGAAACACAAAUUUGAUAAAUAUUAUGAAGAUUAUGAUAAUAGUAAGAGUAAUAAGUUGUUUGAGUUUGCGGCUAUCUUGGAUCCCCGUGUGAAACUUACAAUAAUAGAGUACGGUUGUGCGAAAAAUUGUGAGUUGAUGAAAAAAGACGGUAAGUUAAAGACAGAUAAAGAAUUUAAAGAAAAGGUCAAAGAAAUGGUUGAUGGGGUGGAAUCUGAGAUGCACAAACUGCUACGAGAAUAUGAGGAUUUGGAACCAGCCAGUUCAAGCAUUCCAGUUAAUACAGUUGAACAAGGUCGGGGUAAGAAACAAUGGAUGGGUAAGCUUGAACAGUUUCGUGGUGUUGCUGGACAGUCUUCUAGUAAGAAGACAGAAUUAGAAAAAUAUCUCUUAGAAGAUCUUGAAUUAAUGAAUGACGAGUUUGAUAUAUUGCUUUGGUGGAAGGUAAAUUCCACUAGAUAUCCAACCUUGGCACGGAUGGCAAAAGAUAUAUUGGCUAUCCCAGUUUCAACCGUAGCUUCUGAGUCUGCUUUUAGCACUGGCGGGCGAGUAGUAGAAUGCUACAGAAGUUCGUUAUCACCCACCAUUGUUGAGGCGUUAAUUUGCACACAGGACUGGAUUCGACCCGGGAGAAAAGAAAUAAAUGAAGAGGAAGAAUAUGAGAAAUUUGAUGAGUUCACAAAAGAUGUUUAUGAGAGGAUUGAAAAGAUGAAGAUUGAAUUAAGGUUAACGGCAAAAGUGUAUAACAACGAUAGAGAGGAUUGGAGAAAGACCAAACAAAUCUUUUGUUUGAACACGUUCGAUAGACAAGAUGAUGCCGGGUGA